AUGUUUUUCCUACAAAACAAACACUUAUCGUACAUCAGAGAUCUCACACGGGGGAGAAGCCAUAUUCCUGUCCUGAGUGCGGGAAAUGUUUUUCAAAUAAGUCCCAUCUUCAGUCACAUCAAAGAUCUCACACGGGGAGAAAGCCGUAUUCCUGUCCUGAGUGCGGGAAAUGUUUUUCACAUAAUUCCAAUCUUCACACACAUCAGAGAUCUCACACGGGGGAGAAGAAGCCGUAUUCCUGUCCUGAGUGCGGGAAAUGUUUUUCACAGAAGUAUAAUCUUCUUACUCACAUCAAGAUCUCACACGGGGAGAAGCCGUAUUCCUGUCCUGAGUGCGGGAAAUGUUUUUCACAAAAUCCCAAUCUUCACACACAUCAGAGAUCUCACACGGGGGAGAAGCCGUAUUCCUGUCCUGAGUGUGGGAAAUGUUUUUCAAAUAAGUCCUAUCUUCCCACACAUCGAGAUCUCACACGGGGGAGAAAGCCGUAUUCCUGUCCUGAGUGCGGGAAAUGUUUUUCAGCGAAGUCCUAUCUUCACAAACAUCAGAGAUCUCACACGGGGGAAAAACCCGUAUUCCUGUCCUGAGUGCGGGAAAUGUUUUUCAGUGAAGUCCCAUCUUAACACACAUCAGAGAUCUCACACGGGGGAAAAGCCAUAUUCCUGUCCUGAGUGCGGGAAAAUGUUUUUUCAUAUAAGUCCAAACUUAACACACAUCAGAGAUCUCACACGGGGGAGAAGCCGUAUUCCUGUCCUGAGUGCGGGAAAAUGUUUUUUCCAUAAGUCCAACUUCAGACAUCAGAGAUCUCACACAGGGGGGAAAGCCGUAUUCCUGUCCUGA